UGCGCGGUCAUGUUUUGAUGAUUGAAAAAAAAUGGCCGCCUGGUACCUCCACUGAGUGAUUAAAAAGCCUCAAAAUAAAAUAAACCGCGAUUUAAAAAAUAAUAUAUAAUAACAAUAAAUAUAUAAUAAAGUGAGUGUAUGAUAAAAAGUAUAGCUGAGCAUCAUCAUUAGCAAUAAUCAGGUCAUAAUUACCAAGCAAAUAAAUAGCGCUAAGAUAUUGCCGUGAAAAAUAUCCACUCACAUGUCUUGGUAUUGGUAUACAUAUCGUUUGUUAUCAAUCUUACAGCAGUGAUAGUUUGUUUUAAAUAAUAAUCAGUGUUUAAGUGAUAAUGAUAAUGAUCUUGCUUAACUUUUUCGGUGGCUCGUGUUCCACGGGACAAGUUGAAAUAUAUUAAUAAAUAAUUGAUUUAUUGAUAAUUUUAUUUUUAAAAAUUUAUUGAUAACAUAUUUAUUUAUAAAUAAAGGAUUUUGUUUAUUUAAAUUUAUGGAUUAUGGCGUCAAUGGAUUUUGAUGCUGAAUUUUUCGAAAAGAGGCUGCAGAAUCUUAAAGAUUCACAGGAUUCGAUUCAAAGUUUGUCAUCCUGGUGUCUUGAACGUCGUCCUCAUCACAAAAAAAUCGUCGCUUCAUGGUUGCAGGUUUUAAAAAAAGUAAAAGUUGAACACCGGCUGACUCUAUUUUAUCUGGCAAAUGACGUGAUCCAGUAUUCAAAGCGUAAAAAUUUUGAAUUCGUCGAGUCCUGGGGUACGACAUUGCAGCGAGCGACGACGAUGGUCCGGGACGAGAAGGUAAAGCACCGGAUUCUCCGUAUUUUUAAAAUCUGGGACCAGCGGCAAGUUUAUGAUGAGGAAUUUCUGGCGGAUUUGUCGGGACUCAUUUCCGCUGCACCGAAAAAGAAAGCCGAGCCUCAGCCGAUCGCGGUCCCGGAAGAGUUCCAAGCUGCGCUGCUGAUCUCGACGAUGAGGUCCUGUGCCACACUGGAGCAGGCAACUGAUGCCAGGCUGAGAGACCUGCGUGAAAGUAACGUCGACAUUGAUAACGCCGAGGAACUUUGCGCUUCGCUUAAAGAUCGCAGGCACGUCGAGGACGCGGAGAAGGAAGUAGAGAUCGCGGUGAGCAACGUUGAGAAUUACGUACGCGCGCUAGAAGCUGAGAUUAGGGAAAGAGCUCAGGUAUUGGAGCUGCUCGAGCAGGCGGAUCAGUUUUACGAGACUCAGAGGGGAGAAGUUAAAAUUGUCGCCAAUGCUUAUAGAAACUUUGGUAGCCGUGUAAAAAAUUUGAAGAAGAAACUCGAUGAGUUGCUGCCGACUCUAACGUCUCCUAUACCUUCACCGGACAUCAACGCACCGUCACCGAGUCCUGACAGUGACAUUGAGUUACCUGGUGAUGAAUUGAAUCCCAGUAGCAAUAUUAUUGACGUAACUCCCGCCCCAAUGUACGGGUCUUAUGUCCAAGAGUAUGAUGUCGCAGCCAUUCCACCGCCAGAAUUGACUCAAGGAAACAGUUCCAAUGAUUUUACCACCAACUUCUCCUCAUUUAUGGGCGGGAAUGUUGACUUUGACAUGAGGAGUAUUUUUAAUGAUAGAUCAUUAACACCAACCGGAAGUAAUCAAUCUUACAACAUACCAACGGAGGCGAUGCCGAUAGAAGUAAUAAAUAUGCGACCAAAAGACGGCAAUGAGUUCGCACCGAGUUUCUUAAAAUCAGUUCUUCCGAGCUCAGAAGCACCUUCAGGAAUUCCUGGUUUAGGCCUCGACAUACCCGAGCCACCGGCAGAAUCAGCACAGCAACCAGAAUACCCACAUUUACCUGGUCAGUUAAAUAGCGCGGCAUCGCGAAUGGGAAUAGGAAAUCAUCAGCUGCGUAAUUUAGCUAACGACUCUCACACUCCGUCACCUUACUCGAGUCAAGGCAGCCAGAGCAACGUCACCAUGGCUUUUGAAACUCAAAGUACUGUGCCAAUAAACCCGUUGCCACCUCCUCCGUUGCCGCCGCCCAUUUUCCUGGACGAUGAAAAUUGUUACAAUAAAUUGCCGCCUAAAUUUCCUACAUGGACACCUACCAAUGAAGCUAAAAAUUUAAAUACAUGGACUGAAGACAAACCGAAAGCUUGGGAAGGAAGUGACAAUCGUUGGCCCGAGCCUGAGACAGCCUGGUCGAACGGUAUGCAAGCAAAGCCAUUGCCCUCAGAGGCACCGGAGUCUCCAUCGAGCUACGAGAAGUCCAGCUUCCGGGAGUCAGUCCCGUACACGGAUCCCCAGAGCCAAGAGCCUCUGCUAAGUAGCGCUACCGACGUAGAUCACCGGGUGGUUCCAGCUCCAAUGCCCACAGACAUCCACCUUCCGCGGUUGAUGAAAUCCGGGGACGUUGAUCACAGGAAUUUGAUCAGUCUGACCGGAAGUCCAGCUAGCGCCAUUAACUCAGAACCAGUUACCUCAAACAGCCGCGUCUGGGACUCUGACCAAGACUACAGAAGACAAGUACAGCCGGGUGACAUAGUAGAGAGCGUAGACAUGGAAAUGUCUGAUGAGGAAGUCGACGGACCAGGUGUAAAGCAAAAGAACCGAGUCCUGGUUGAUUUAAGAUCCCAGGACCGUGACAUGCGGAUUAAUUCUCAGCAACAGCCGCCGAUGCCUCCACGGCAUGACAUGGACAUGCGAAUGAUUCCACUACCAAGCAAUCCAAUGAUCCGCGGCCCCAUGACACCAGAUCUACGCAACGUACACAUCAGGCCACCUCCACCCUCAGCAUUUCACCCCCAGGAAUUCGUUCCCAGUCAGCAAAAUAAUUUUCCGCGCUCAGACGAUUUUACUGGCGGUAAUUGUCAGCAACCUAUACCUGGAUUUAUGCCCAACGCAGAGUUUCCUCCUCACCAGGAGUAUUUACGUCAAGAAAUAUAUGAAGGCUAUCAAGGUCCAGGUGAUCACCAACCCCAAAUGUUCCGCGGACGUGGCAGAGGGUUCAGAAACCGAUUUUCGGACCACGACCGCCGGCGUAGACACGACGAAAAUUUAUCCGACAGACAAAAUUUGAAACCACCUGACACUGUUGUAAUUUUAGACGACAACGGCAUGCCCAUAAUGCCAGAUAUUAACGACGGACGUCUUUCUCUUGACCCUGAGGAACGUGACAAUGAAUUACGGCCACCUGGACACAGUCCCGAGGUUUCAGAAGUCCCGCUGGCUGAUAAACUUGAUGACGAGAUAAACCCGGAAGAACGGGCGCAGACUGCUGACGAAGCGCCGCGAAAUUUAUCUGAACACCUCGAGGCUCUGAUGAACUCCAACAUGACCAACGACAUGGAGCGACAGAACGGAUUGAUCGACCAGGACCACUCGACUCCCAAAAGAUCUCACAAUGGCCCCCCGUCUUCAAUCAUAAGUGAUUUGCACCCAGGAGCUUUCGAUUACGAGCCUCCGAACUUCCGGCCGCGGUUACCGAACUCCAGUCCAUUUCCCGGGCCCUGGCGAGCCAAUCACACUCCUCGCAGCAGGGGCGGGUUCCGGGGAUCCCCCAGGGCUCCCUGGAACGACCGAGGCCCUCGCAACCCCAACAAUAAUGGAGGACCCCCCGGUAACUUCCAUCCCAGAGGCAUGAAACGCGGCAGCCCCUUCCGCGGCAACUUCAGAGGCCGCGGUCGCGGCAAUAACUGGUGACCUAAAAUAUUUUAUUAGUUCGCAAUAUUACUUUGCUGUAAAUAAUGUUACUUGUAUUAAAUAUUGAAUAUUAAAUCGUCGCUACCUAAUUUUAUUAACUAAAUAUGUACAAGGUACCGACGAUUUUUCAAUUACACCUAAGAAAAUAUUUUUAUUUCAAUAUUUAAUUACAAGGGGUAUGAUAGUUAUUAAUUUAAUUGAUUAAUUAUCUAUCCGCAUAAAAAAAAAACAAAUAAAUAUAAAUAUAUAUAAGAGUUAAUAAGUUAGAUAAUGUACAAAUACUUUUGUUGAUACUUAGCGAUAAGUACAUUGAUCUUAUGAUUUAAUAUGAAUUAAAUAUUAUUAUUAUUAUUCUUAUGUAAUUGCUUUCCCGUUUGGUAACUAUUUUUUUUAAUGGCGAGCACAGAUGUCAAUAAAAAUACGACAAUUUAUUUAGCAAUAAAGUACAUUAUGAUAAUUGUCCCUCAACUUUUUUUCGCAUUUAAAUUGAUUAGUUUUUUUUUAUUGUUAUUUAUAAUUUUAAAUUAUAAUCAUUUUAUUAUAAAAAAAUUUAUUAAUUUGCUCGUUUUAAAUUUGAAUUAAGACUCAGUAAAAAAUUUCGGAGUUAAAUUCACUCCUGGAGGGGUUUGUUUUAAAUCGAUGUUACUUUGAAAUCACUCUACUGAAAAACAUACUCCCUAUUUGCUUAGUAUGCGGAGUGGAUUCGGAGUAAAUAUGGAGUGGGGGACUGUUUUUUAUUUAAUUCCCUCGGAGUUAAAUUUACUCCGAAGUGUUUAAUUUAAUAUUGAAACUCAACUUCGGAAUUGAAUUUACUCCGAAGUGAAUUUUAAUAUUGAAACAGGAUCGGAGUAAAAUUUACUCCGAAGUAGAGUUCAGUUUAAUAUUGAAACUCUACUUCGAAAUGAAAUUUACUCCGAAGUGAUUUUUAAUAUUGAAAUUGGGUCGGAGUAAAAUUUACUCCGAAGUAGAGUUCAGUUUAGUAUUAAAACUCUACUUCGAAAUGAAAUUUACUCCGAAGUGAAUUUUAAUAUUGAAAUUGGAUCGGAGUUAAAUUUACUCCGAAGUGGAGUUGAUUUUAUCAUUAAACUCCGAAAUUGAGUGAAUUCAAAUUUUAAUAAAAUCAAGGUCACUCUAAAAUUACUCCACUGCAAAAAAACUCCCGAUUUACUUCCCAUACGGAGUCAUUUUUUGACUCCGGAAUUCCUAGUGAAUUCAGAGUAAAAUAAAAUCCGCAAUCACUCCCGAUUUUUUACAGCGCAUAUAUAUUGUGGAAUAGAUUAUUCACAUAAAAUAAAAUUUGAAUUGAAAGAGACUCCAGUUGAAUUAUUAAAAAUAAAUUUUAAAAAUUCAAAAAGUUUACUUAAAAGAACAAUUAUUUGAUUUUGAAUUUUUUUUCAAAAGUUUUAUCAAAGUAAUUAAUGAGCAAAUUAGUGAGUUAUUAAUAAACGAUUAUAAUAUAUAGGAAAAUUUUUUUCUUUUUUUGUUAAAAGUGUUAAAUUUAACAAUGUACUAUUUUAUUAUAAAAGUCAUUUAUUAUUAUAAUUACUGUUAAUUAAAAUUAAGAUUUAUUGUAAAUUAUUGUACAAAGCGAUUACUUCCUUGGCAAUAUCGUUUACCAUUUAAAAUUAAUUAAAUAAUAAUAAUUAAAAUAAAACUGUGCUUCCCCCUCUUAAUAAGCAUCAAUAAUAUUUAUAUAUAUAUAUAUAUUUAUUAUAAUAAAAUUUUCAAAGGGCCAUAGAAUCAAUUUAAGCUGACUGUGAUAAAUUUUAUAAAUUAAGAAACCGGUUCCUAUUUUUUUAUUUUCACAAUUAAAUUUAUUUUUUUUUUAUUUAACUAUUAAUUUAUUAUUUUUAUUAAUUAUUAAUUUUUUUGUUGAAGAAAGUCAACGUCGAAAUUAUUUCUGUUAUCAAAUUUAUUGAAUGUCUGGCUAACGAGAGGCUGACGCGGAAUAUAAAUUACGCGCUAUUUAUUCCAAUGUAUUGUUAUUGCUGACCUAUUUUAUUUUAUUUUUUAAUUAAUAAAUAAAUUAAUCAAUUGAUCUAAUUAUGAGUCUAGUCAAAUUGCCGGUGGAUUCAAAAAAAUUUAAUUUAAAUCUAGUCAAAUUAUAAGUUUGUAAAAUAAAAACCGCGCGAAAGGGCGCGCGACUUCGCAACGCGCAAGCGCGUUUUUAUUUUCGCAUACAAAUAUGUCAUAUAUAUAUACAUAUAUGUACAUACAUAUAUAUGUAUGUAUUUGAAUAUUUUUUAAAUAUUCCAUUAUAUUAAUUAGGAACUUUAAUUAAAAAUGUAAAAAAUAAAUG